CCCAGGAGUAAGAGAAUGUCAUUGCUUCGUCCCAUAUAAUGAUUCUGUCUAUUUAUUUGGCGGUCAUAUUAAAUGGUUUACAUGGGCAGUAAAUUCAUUUUUUCAUGCAGCAAAAAUGCCAUUUGUAACUUCUUCAAUUCCUUGGGUAGCCCUUAAUACUACUAAUGCGGCCAAUACUUGCGAUAUGACAUGUGUUGUAGAACCUUCAAUGGUCUAUCAAGGAUUCCAAGUUUACAACUUUAAAUCAAAUGUUUGGAAUGAAGCUCAAUAUUUAGUUGGAUAUCCUAAGGAUAUCAAUAUGGGACUCUUCCAACCCCGAUCUAUUUUAAUUCAACCGGGAAUUGUCCUCAUCUGGGGCGGAAAACAUUCUUAUUUUACACUCCGUGUUAUUUAUAAGUUGGAUAUGACAGUAACUCCGUGGAAAUGGGAAAAUAUCUCUUAUAACGAAAGAGUGUUUAUUUUCGGUGGCAUAGAAAGAUUUAAGUACGAUCCAACCCUGGGAGAAGGAGUCCCGAUGAAUUUGUCGUAUAUUUAUAAUAUUACAGAAUCUCAAAUUCUUAUACCAGACUAUCAACUUCCUUAUGCUUUUACUCAUUCAGUAGUAGGCGUUGUUGACGAUUCUAUGUUUAUUAUUGUGCUUAGCUAUAAUGAUUUUCUUGAGGAUAGACAGAUGUCUAUCAUUCCUCUUAAUAUAGCUCGACUUAAAUUUGAAACCCCUUUUGAAGCAUCUUCCAAUUUAACCAAAGCACGACUUCGUGGGGCGGGGGUCCAACCUCUUGGUUCAGAU